GUACUUUUGCAGAAAAUGCAGUCUGCACCCUGCACAAAUCAAAAGUGCAUAGUCCCUCUUGAACAAACAUGAAAUAAUAAUUUUAUUUGCUUAGGUUUUUCUUGGCCUAAUUAUUGUUGAAUAUCGUGGUUUACAAGUCUAUAGCUUUACACAUUAUUCAAUUUAAUUCAUCUCCCAAUGGUUUGAGAUUGUGGAAGAGUUGUAUUACCUAAAAAAUACCGUUUUUCAAACUGUCUAAAUAGGUUAGAUUACCAUCCUGUUUAAAAUUGAAAUUGAAAUUUAGUAAUUUGAACAUCUACUGUUGGCAUUGGCGUUAGUUUUCAGAAUUCUAUGCUUGGUUCAAGAGAUCAUUGACUAACGUAGAUUUUUAUCUUCGGCACGUCGAGCUUCAACAAAAUGAGGAGUGAAAAGAAAGACAACAAAGCAAAAUCAAAUGAAGCUAUCAACGUACUGUUGAUACUAUUAUUCACGCUACUGUUGACAGUACCUCUAUGGCUGGGGCAUGUUGCCGUCUCCCGAUUCUUCAUUGAAGAUUAUGAAUCAAUAUCACCUGCAAGGUUAUUGGCAUCUAUACUUAUCCCUAUCCUAGUUGCAACAUACGGUCUUCGUAAGAACAGCCUCAGCAUCAGCGGGGCAAUUCUAGGUUUCCUAGUGGGGUUCAUCCUCACACUGAGCAGCUACUUAUUUUUCGCAUGUCUUCUCACGUUCUUCAUCACAUCAUCACGUGCUACUAAGUUUCGUAGUGAAAAGAAGAGGAAGUUUGAGAAGGAUUUCAAGGAAGGUGGCCAACGAAACUGGUUACAAGUUCUGUGCAACAGUGGGAUGGCGACACAGUAUGCUCUGCUCUACAUACUGGAUGCUGGUGUCGGAGAGUACUCCAUCGACUUUGACACCAACUACAGAGCUUCCUGGCUUGCUAUUGGAAUUCUGAGUGCGUUUGCAUGCUGCAAUGGAGAUACAUGGGCGUCGGAACUGGCUCCAGUGCUUUCAAAUGAGAAUCCCAGGCUGAUAACAUCUUGGAAAAAGGUUCCCAAAGGUACAAACGGGGGCGUGACAGUGGCCGGCCUGGCACUGAGCCUGGUGGGAGGCCUGGCAGUGGGCGUGGCGUUCUACGCGGCGCUCGUCUACACGGUCGACCCAAUAGUCUUGGCGCGCAGUCCGCCUCAGUGGCCCUGUGUGCUGUGGGCCGCUUUCGCCGGAUUAUUCGGCAGCAUUGUCGAUUCCCUGCUCGGUGCUACACUACAGUUCUCUGGAUUCGAAUCCCAUACGAAAAUGGUUGUGGAGCAUGCUGGGCCCGGAAUAAAACGCAUCAGCGGACGAAUGCUAUUGGAUAACCACAGCGUCAAUCUGCUCUCCUCAGUGAUCACAGCUCUAGUCGUGCCCAAGUUGGCUCACUGGUUUUGGCCUUAAUCAGUUCCUUUCAGUUCUCUGCUUAUAGCAUAGCUUUAAAAGUGGAUGAUCUCUGUCAACAACUAUCAUUCCCUUAUUUUUCAUACCAUUGAAAUACUACUUUGCAUGUA